CACCGGAAUCGUCUAGUCAGUUGAGUGAUGACUAUUUUAUCGGUAGAAAUAGGGCUUGUUUGACAAAAUUGACAAUUGGCUUUAAAAUGGCUGGUCGGCGAUGAGUUUGUGUAUGUAUCAAGAACUGUAAGAAGGAAUUCGAAGGUGUGUCUACGCGAAAAUCGUCAAGUUAUGCCCUUUGCAUCGAAUGACAUUAAUGGGAGGAUGUGUUCGUUCGAAGUUUCGUCUCGGUUUCAGUGCCGCCGCGUCAAAUUCAGUUAAUCUUAGGGGGUUAGAAACGACCUAUGUCAUUAAUCGGAUUUUCUAGUGACGGUGAGUGAAUUGUAAAUAAUCGAACAUGUGGAACAUGAUGUGCGACGUGAUGCCCACUAUAUCGGAAGACACGAUAAGCACGAGGAGUUCGCAAUUCUCCGGCGAAGAUGCCAAUUUCGAACAGCUCAUGGUGUCGAUGUUGGACGAAAGAGACAAAUUGAUGGACAGUCUACGAGAAACCCAAGAACGAUUAGGAGAAACCGAAAUCAAACUCCACGAGACGGAGAAGGAGAGGGACUCUCUGCACCGACAAAUAGCUGCGAAUCUCCCACAGGAAUUCGCUACGCUCACCAAAGAAUUAAACGCGGCGAGGGAGCAGCUUUUGGAAAGAGAAGAAGAAAUAUCGGAGCUGAAAGCGGAAAGGAAUAACACUAGGUUAUUGUUAGAGCAUCUAGAAUGUCUCGUUUCGAGACACGAGAGGUCCUUGAGGAUGACGGUCGUGAAACGUCAAGCGGCCGCCCAAUCCGGUGUUUCCAGCGAGGUGGAAGUUUUGAAGGCACUCAAGAGUUUGUUCGAGCAUCACAAAGCACUGGACGAAAAGGUCCGAGAAAGACUGAGGGUAGCAUUAGAAAGAAAUUCAAGUUUAGAAGAAGAAUUAGCUACAACCAAAGAAGAGUUACAACAAUUCAAACAAGGGGUCACGCCCUCUAAUGUACCUGCCGUAGAAGAUAAACCCAAAGAAAAUGGACAAGUGGAUAUAGGGGACCAAGUAAUUAAUAUUAACAAUAAGGCAUCUCCGAAGCCUCGUCUCACCAAUGGAGGCAUGGAAUCGGACACCGACAGCGCAGCUAGGAUAGCCGACCUACAGGUGGCGCUCGAGCAGCAAACUGGAGAAAUAAGUACGUGGCAGCGUCGCGUAGCGGAGAUGCAGAACAGGGUAGGCGAAUUGGAAGAGAACUUAGCCAAAGCACAAAAGGAACUGCUGAAAGCACAAGAAGUCAAUUCGAAGCUACAGCGUGACCUCAGGGAGAACGUGGCCCAGAAGGAGGAUCAGGAGGAGAGAAUAGCCACGUUGGAGAAGAGGUAUUUGAACGCUCAGCGCGAAUCCACUUCGUUGCACGACCUGAACGAGAAGCUGGAGCAGGAGUUGCAACACAAAGAAGCUCAAAUAAAGUUGCACGAAGAGAAGAUAGGGGCGAUCCAGGAGAAGCUGGAACUGGCGGAGCAGAAACUGGCUCAAUACUCCAAGCUCCCGGAGAUAGAAGAACAGCUUAAGCAACGCAUGGAGGCGCUGACACAGGUGAGACCGCAGGCUCAAGAAAGGCACGGAUCGGCCGAAGACCGAAUCCAAAGGCUGGAAGCGAACUUGGACGAGAAAAACGCUGAAUUAUUGCGCCUUAACCAAAGACUAAAAAUGAAUGAAGACCAUAAUUCUCGCCUUUCGACGACAGUCGACAAACUUCUGUCAGAGUCUAACGACAGACUGCAGGACCACCUCAAGGAGAGGAUGCACGCCCUUCAGGAGAAGAACAGCCUCACCCAAGAACUGGAUAAAACUAGGAAGAUGAUGGAAGAGUUGGAUAACCAGAAAUCGGAAAUCAUGAAGGAAUUAGCUAAAUCUAGGUUAGAAAUAGACAACGUCAAACGGCAGAUGUUACAGCAAGAAAUAGCUUAUAAUAUACAACAGACGGAUGCACUAACUAGGUCUUUGUCACCAAACACAGUGGAUCCCAAUAGUUUUUCAAGAAGUGCUAGUCAUUCCAGUUUCGAUACUCAUUCCUUACCUCGAAGAGGUAAUAAAAGUAGGACGCCAAUCGACGAUGAACCCAAGUUACCGUUCGGAUCCAGAUCAAUGACCGAACACGAAUGGGAGAAACUUCAACAGGCUCACGUCCUAGCCAAUGUCCAACAGGCUUUCGAUGUAUCCAGCGAUGCAGAAGGUGACGACGCGGACAGCAUCUUCAGUACCCAGGACAUGCUUUCGCCCAGCGGCCACACCGACGCUCAAACUUUGGCGAUGAUGCUGCAGGAGCAGCUGGACGCCAUCAACAACGAGAUCCGGCUGAUACAAGAGGAGAAGCAGAACACGGAAGCGCGCGCGGAAGAGCUCGAGUCGCGCGUCGGCAGCAUGGAGCACAUGAACCUUUUGGCGCGCGGAAGGAGCCUCGAGCGCCAAAGUCCUCCAGUAAGCGGUAGAUCUACACCUAAAUCACACCACUCUCCUCAGAGGGACUAUUUACAUAAGUAUCAUACGGCACCGGCCAGUAUGUCUCCAGCGCAUUUGCAACAAUAUCAUUCAACACUGAGCCCUGGGGCCUUGUCCGAAUCGUUGCCAUCUAGUCAGAUCCAAUUGGCCCCGUUGUCGUCUGAAAUGUCCCGAGAAGAAAUGCACAUGGGAGAUAGCAGCAGCGGUGGGGGAGCUUCACCUCUCACAGCAAGGUCCCUGCGACUCGAACGGGUUGCCCAAGCACUAGCACACAGCCAGGAAGAAUUGAGAAGACGUACUGGAGGGGGGGGUCUUCCACCAGGAGUAUCCUACAGUGUGUUUAGGCAAGGGCAGACGCACACGCCUCCAUCACCUCUAUCCUCUCGUCACAGCAGCCAGGAGAGUCUGCACAAGAACACGAUGGCGAGCCUGCCGCGCGACAUGAGUUCGGCAGCAGCGGCCGCUGCGGCAGCGCAGAAGAAGAAAGGCAUCAAGUCGUCACUGGGACGGUUCUUCAGCAAGAAGGAAAAGGUUAAAGGUAAAGAAGGAGCAGGGCAAGAAAGUUCGUUGAACCUGAGCCAGAGUAGCAUCGGAAUGCCUGAUGGGGAUCUGAGUGAUUCGAUGAGCUUAACCGGCAAAAUGGGACAAAAAGGAGACUUCGACCGAAGACAGAAGAAAAAGUGGGUGGAGCGUGAUUACAGACACGAACUGCUAGCAGAAGCGAUGAAAGCAGGCACUCCAUUCGCCCUGUGGAACGGUCCCACUAUAGUGGCGUGGCUCGAACUGUGGGUGGGUAUGCCCGCGUGGUACGUGGCAGCGUGCCGAGCCAACGUCAAGUCGGGAGCCAUCAUGAGCGCGCUCAGCGACACCGAAAUCCAGAGGGAGAUCGGCAUCAGUAACCCGUUGCAUAGGUUGAAGCUCCGCUUGGCUAUUCAGGAGAUGGUGUCGCUGACGUCGCCGUCGGCGCCUAAGACGUCCAGGACGACGCUGGCGUUCGGAGACAUGAACCACGAGUGGAUAGGGAACUCGUGGUUGCCGGCCCUAGGUCUUCCGCAGUACCGGACUACGUUCAUGGAGUGUUUGGUAGACGCCAGGAUGUUGGAUCAUCUCACCAAGAAGGAUUUGAGGGGUCAGCUGAAGAUGGUGGACGGUUUUCAUAGAACGAGCUUACAUUACGGCAUAUCAUGUUUGAAGAGAUUGAAUUACGAUCGAAAUGCCUUGGAAGAUAGAAGAAAAAACUGUGAAAACACACUAUCAGAUGUUUUGGUAUGGAGUAAUGAACGGCUCAUAAAAUGGGUAGCUUCGAUAGGUUUAAAAGAUUAUUCGAAUAAUUUAGAAGAAUCCGGAGUUCAUGGUGCUUUGAUUGCAUUAGAUGAAAGCUUCGAUGCAGACAGUAUGGCACUGGCAUUACAGAUACCAACACAAAAUACCGGAGUAAGGCAAACGCUGAAAGGCGAAUUCACGAACCUACUCCGCAUAGCAACGGAUCGGCGGCAGCAAGAAAUCCAAUCCUGAUAUGGCGCCGAAUUCCACUGAGGAUAAUAAAAAUGACCAUGUAGUGUUCCGCUGCUCGCAUUCUAACGCAGCCCGUGCUACCUCCCUUCUCAUCAUCAAUAGAAAAAACAAAAAAAGGCGUAUACAAAAUGCACUGUGCAUUCAUUCGUACCUUCAAGAGAGAACACUUAAAAACAUAAUAAGAAAUUCGCGACGAUCGCGACAUAACGGCGUGUACGAGCUUUAAUGAACUAAAAAUACCUUGUAUCGUGAAUAACUCAUAGUAUUAUUAAUUGUACAUUGAAGUUGUUGUUCUGUUGGAUUACCAGCGACGAGUAAAUAUUGUUGAAUGUGGCAGCGACAGUCAGUAUUACCCCACGCGUGCCUGCACUAUCUCUUGGUGCUGUCAUCUGUUAAGCUUCGUGGCUCUGGAAAUUUUACGCGCGUUGGCUCUGUUUGAUGAGGAUUCGUGAGGCGAGGUAACUUGUACGAUAAGAAAAAGGACUAUUUGAAAAAAACUGUCUUCCCAUGACCCACAUGGUUCUUCCGAUGUGUCAGCACUUUUCCCCCUUGAAGGGCACAGCAGAAGAGCACGGCUCACCAGUUAAUCUAUUUCCAUAAACAUCAAGAAUAUUGUUCUCGAAAGAAUCCAAGUCUCUUUCCCGCCAUAAUAAAGUGGUAUUCCUUCAAUAUUGCUAUUAGGAAGAUCAUUCACAUACAUAGGGAAUGAAGUGGGAUCUAGCACGGAACCUUGGGGAACUCCACGGCACGUUUUGGACAGGCUUGAUGUUUCAUUUUCUACUAUCAAGCUGAACCAGUUGAGAGCUGAUCCUUCUGUGAUCCACAGGUCGAAAGACAACCUUGGAGAAAUCUUCUCGCUUUGAUUAAGGCCCAAAUGAAACUGUUCCAAGAACUCAAAGAUGGCGUUGCUUGUGCUCUUAGAUAUUCGAAAGACGAAUUGGGGAUUGCUCAAUGAAUUAUGUUUUGCAAAGAAGAAUGUCAUUCUUUUUGUUGUGAAGUUUCUCUAUGGGUUUCUGUAGAGAUGAUGUUGGAGAAAUUGGUCGUAGGUUUGACGGUGCUGUCACUGCUCCCUAUCGUGAAUAGGAAUGAGGACAUUUGGGAAUUUUUCGUUUGUAGAAAUCACAUCGAAGAGGCCCACUAGGUAAUACUUCGACUUGAAAUUGGGAAGAACACAAAAAGGACAUAGGAAGACGUGCUUGGUUUUCUGUAAAAAAUUCUUCACAACUUUGUGAUGGUCACUACCGAUCAUCAUAGUUUCUACUGGCUGAACUCGUGUGACUUUGAUGUUUUUACUGGCAUGACUACAAUUUUCAACAACCCCAUACUGAUGGGUAUGAUCUACUAAGUGUUAAGAUGUAUAUGUGAAUUCCUGUAUAUUAGAAAAACCUGAAAUGUGUUCUAAGUCUUUUUUAUCGCCGAACGAAGUCAUCAAGCAGUCUAAUCUCGCAUCUUUUGUCGUAUGAAACGAUCGUAAGUGUGGAACUCGAAAUUUCCUGAGCUAUAGUAGACACAGUUCAUUUUGCUAUUUAGCUAGUACAAAACUAAAAAAAUCCGGUGUCCUCGUAAGGCUUUUGGAUGUGAAGAGUGAGAUAUCUGAUUUUCUAAGCAAAAUCUAUUCGUAGCUUCGAAAGUACUAAUAAAAUUAUUCAUUUUUGUUACAGUACACUUUAAGGUUAAGUAGAGAAAUCACGGAGAGUUCCUGAAAACUUCAUUUUAUAUGUUUUAUGUAUUAUUACUAGAAAAGGGUUCAUUUGUGAUAAAGUUUGAUUUAUAUAUCAUGACGAGAAGAUUGGAUUGAAGUAAUAUAUUUUAGUAAGCUUACUUCAUUGAUUUUUCACAAUCUAAGUUCCGAAUUACCUUUAUAGUGGGUUCGGAUAAAUACCUGCCGAAAAACAACUACUUUCCCGGCUAAUGCCACGCUAGAUACUGAAUUACUAGAUUCCGACAACUAUAAAAUAUCCAUUACGAUCAUUGUUAAUGAAUGAGUUUUAAUUUUGAAAAUAAUUGAGUGGUUUUCACAAAGCUGGAUGUUUACAUCAAAUGGGAUGUGUGUAUAGGCAUGAUAGCAAAA